CUUACCUUACGCACCUUACUUUACGCACCUUAGCAUUAGCAGCAACAAACCCAGCAGCAGCAACGCCUGCAUCAAGAUCAGCAUCAGAAAACAAAUUCAAAAUAUUACUGUUGCUCGGAGCAUUUGGCGAUGGAUUACCAGCAGUGAUCUAGUGAUGAGUAACAGUACCAUACCCACAAGAAUGCGCAUGGCCACAGGUACCAUCAAUAGCAGGGAAAGUUCGUGUAUCAGCACCACCAGCAACGUCGCCAGCAGCAGCAGCAGGUGUCGAGCGAGGCGAAUGUAAAUUACCAGCAAUUGGCAGUUUAUCGGGUUUCUUAACAUCAGAACGUGCGGGAAUUAGACAAACCUUAGCUGUAUGCCCCUUAGCAUUGGCAGCAACAGCACCAGCAGCAACAACGUCCGCGUCACAAUCAUCAUCAGAGGACAAAACCACAAUAUUAGUUGUUUUCUUUUGUACCCGAGCUGCAAAAGAACGAUAGGUAGGUUAUCGAAUUACGUGGAAAGCAACAACACAAAAUAAGCAAGUUGAGUUAAUAUAAGCGGUUUGAGUUGAAAACGCUUAAACAUAGCCGACCUGAUGAAUAGUGUUGCAAAGUAAAAAAGCGGCACUAUUGUGAAUGAGUCACUGAAAAGUACUAAGGGAAAUUUUUGCUAAAUGUCAAACUGAUGGGGAAAUUUCAGCCAAAUUUCAAAACUAAGAGAAACAAAAUGGAGCGGCAGUGAGUAAAAUGGCGUCUCAUAGUUUUUUAUAAAAUUAUCAAAUAAAAUGUGAUUCAUAUUUCAGAAUACAAGAUAAGAAACGAAGAAGAUGGACCCGCGAAGAAACCACAGGUUUUUUGAGGUCUACCUUGCGCGGAAGGAAGAAUUCCAGCACCCUAAAAAAAAGAGGUUGGCAUACGUAAAUGUGUUAGAAGAUAUGUUGUCAAUCGGCAUUACGGAUUCGGAGAGAACACCAUUGUGCUUGGAGUCGAAGAUGCGCACUUUACUUCAGGCGUACAAAGCGCCAAGCGACAACAACCGCAGUAUGGGUGCCAGCCCUUGUUUUGCGAUAUUUAUGGAGCUAAUGGAAGAAAUCUUUGAAAGGAGCCCAAUAAUUUCUAACAACCACACCGUCCACGUGAGCUUCAGACCGGCUACAGUACUGUCGGUGAGCGUAGUGGCGUCAACAUCAUCAAAGACGCCACAGCCAUCUCUGUCACUGCUGCCACCGUCACCAUCUCAAUCUCCAUUGCUACCACCGUCACCAUCGCCAACUCCAACGCCACUACCACCACCGUCAUCAUCUCAAUCUCCAUUGCUACUACCGUCACCAUCGCCACUACCACCACCGUCACCAUCGCCAUCUCCAUCCCCAUUUCGAAAAAAAAAAAUUGAGCUGACGAAGUUGCAGGCGGAAGAAAAAUUAAAAAUGAAGGCUAAAUCUAUACAGCAAUUUAAAGAAUUGCUUAGAGAAAAAUUUGAAAGAGAUGCUGAUAUUGAAAAAAGAAAACUUGAGUUGCUGGAAAAACUGGCAAAUAAGUAGCACUUUGC